ACCGUGUCAGCCUACUAUACUAGACUCCAUGUCUUGUGGGACGAGAUGGAGACAAUUCUUCCCACUCCUCGAUGUUCCUGUAAUGGUUGUUUGUGUGGUCUCGCAAAGAAGCUAACCGAACUGAAAGAAAAGGAGAGAACUUACGAGUUCCUUAUGGGGCUUGAUGACCAAUUCAGUGUUAUAAAGACACAAAUAUUGGCCAUGAAACCGACGCCAAAGCUGAGCACCGUCUAUCAUCUCGUGGCAGAGGAUGAGCAGCAACAAAUGAUUACCGCUUCCAAGAAACCGGCCCGUGAAAUGGCUGCUUUCCAAGCCAGCUUUCAAGGAAGGCGAGAACCGGCACGUAACUCACAAGAAAAGGGAUGGAAAAAAACAGAAAAAGGCACCGUUUCCACCGAGUCUUGCAGCCAUUGUGGAAAGAAAGGGCACGAUCGUGAAGGAUGUUUCAAAAGAAUCGGUUACCCCGAAUGGUGGCCAGCCAAAGGAAAAGGAGACAAGCCAAAACCAAAGGCUGCCAUGGUGGAAGCAAAAUCGUGCCCGAUACCGGGAAUGACGGAAGAACAAUAUGCUAAUUUCUUGAAACUGUUUGGGGGAAAUCAUGACGAACCUAUUGUCUCUAAUAUGGCAGGAUCUAAAAAUGAGGAACUUGAUUGGAGCGGGUGAUUGCCAUGGUGGUCUCUAUUGAAUGAGGGGAAUAAAGGAAGAAAGAAAGGCGAUGGCGGUAAUGAUCGAUGCAUGGCACAAACGUCUUGGGCAUGCAUCCGACAUAAAAUUAUCUCGUGUUAAUUUUCUUAAAGAAGUUUCUUCAAGUUUUAGGAACAAAGUUUGUGAUUCAUGUAAUAAGGCCAAACUCACUCGAUUACCUUUUCCAAUUAGUAGUAUUAAAACUA